CGGGGCUCGGGACCGGCUGCCAUCUUAGUCGAGGGACUGAAGAGUCGCCGCCGCCCCGAGUCCCGGUAACAUGCAUUUAACAGUGGCCUUCUGGAGACAGCGCCUUAACCCAAAGAAGUGACUUGAACGGUGAGAACUUCAGAUUUGCCGUACUGUUGGUGUGGUAUGUCUGGCAGUGGAUCACAGCUUGGUUCAAUGGGUAGCCUGACCAUGAAAUCACAACUUCAGAUCACUGUCAUUUCAGCGAAACUUAAAGAAAAUAAAAAGAAUUGGUUUGGACCAAGUCCUUAUGUGGAAGUCACAGUAGACGGACAGUCAAAGAAGACAGAAAAGUGCAACAAUACGAACAGUCCCAAAUGGAAGCAACCCCUUACAGUUAUCGUCACCCCUGUGAGUAAAUUACAUUUUCGUGUGUGGAGUCACCAGACACUGAAAUCUGAUGUUUUGUUGGGAACUGCUGCAUUAGAUAUCUUUGAAACCUUAAAGUCAAACAACAUGAAACUUGAGGAAGUAGUUAUGACUUUACAGCUUGUAGGUGACAAAGAGCCAACAGAGACAAUAGGAGACUUGUCAGUUUGUCUUGAUGGGCUGCAGUUAGAGUCUGAAGUUGUUACCAAUGGUGAAACUACAGGUUCAGAAAGUGCUUCACAGAAUGAUGAUGGCUCCAGACCCAAGGAUGAAACAAGAACAAACACAAAUGGAUCAGAUGAGCCUGAGGAUGCAGGGGCUGGUGAAAAUAGGAAGGUCAAUGGGAAUAAUUCUCCAUCACUCUCAAAUGGUGGUUUUAAACCUUCUAGGCCUCCAAGACCUUCACGACCACCUCCACCUACCCCACGUAGACCAGCAUCUGUCAAUGGUUCACCAUCUGCCACUUCUGAAAGUGAUGGAUCCAGUACAGGCUCUCUGCCACCAACAAAUAUAAAUUCAAAUACAUCUGAAGGAGCAACAUCUGGAUUAAUAAUUCCUCUGACUAUAUCUGGAGGCUCAGGCCCUAGGCCAUUAAAUUCUGUACCUCAGGCUCCCCUACCACCUGGUUGGGAGCAGAGAGUGGACCAGCAUGGACGAGUUUACUAUGUAGAUCAUAUUGAAAAAAGAACAACCUGGGAUAGACCAGAACCUCUACCUCCUGGCUGGGAACGGCGGGUUGACAACAUGGGACGUAUUUACUAUGUUGACCAUUUCACAAGAACAACAACGUGGCAGAGGCCAACGUUGGAAUCUGUCCGGAACUAUGAACAGUGGCAGCUCCAACGUAGUCAGCUGCAAGGAGCAAUGCAGCAGUUUAACCAGAGAUUUAUUUAUGGGAAUCAAGAUUUGUUUACUACAUCACAAAAUAAAGAAUUUGAUCCCCUUGGUCCCCUGCCACCUGGAUGGGAGAAGAGAACAGACAGCAAUGGUAGAGUAUAUUUUGUCAACCACAACACUCGUAUUACACAAUGGGAAGACCCCAGAAGUCAAGGCCAAUUAAAUGAAAAGCCCUUACCUGAAGGCUGGGAAAUGAGAUUCACAGUUGAUGGAAUUCCGUAUUUUGUGGACCACAAUAGAAGAACAACCACCUAUAUUGAUCCCCGCACUGGAAAAUCUGCCCUAGACAAUGGACCACAGAUAGCCUAUGUACGGGACUUCAAGGCAAAAGUUCAGUAUUUCCGAUUCUGGUGUCAGCAACUGGCCAUGCCACAGCACAUAAAGAUUACAGUGACAAGAAAGACAUUAUUUGAAGAUUCCUUUCAGCAGAUAAUGAGCUUCAAUCCCCAAGAUCUGCGAAGACGUUUGUGGGUGAUUUUUCCAGGAGAAGAAGGUUUAGAUUAUGGAGGUGUAGCAAGAGAGUGGUUCUUUCUUUUGUCACACGAGGUGUUGAACCCAAUGUAUUGCCUGUUUGAAUAUGCAGGGAAGGAUAACUACUGCUUGCAGAUUAAUCCUGCUUCUUACAUCAAUCCAGAUCACCUGAAAUAUUUUCGUUUUAUUGGCAGGUUUAUUGCCAUGGCUCUGUUCCAUGGGAAAUUCAUAGACACAGGUUUUUCUUUGCCAUUCUAUAAGCGUAUAUUGAACAAACCAGUUGGACUCAAGGAUUUAGAAUCUAUUGAUCCAGAAUUUUACAAUUCUCUCAUCUGGGUUAAAGAAAACAAUAUUGAGGAAUGUGGUUUGGAAAUGUACUUCUCUGUCGAUAAAGAAAUUUUAGGUGAAAUCAAGAGUCAUGAUUUGAAACCUAAUGGUGGAAAUAUUCUUGUGACAGAAGAAAAUAAAGAGGAAUAUAUCAGAAUGGUAGCUGAAUGGAGGUUGUCUCGAGGUGUUGAAGAACAGACACAAGCUUUCUUUGAGGGCUUUAAUGAAAUUCUUCCCCAGCAGUAUUUGCAAUACUUUGAUGCAAAGGAAUUAGAGGUCCUUUUAUGUGGAAUGCAAGAGAUUGAUUUGAAUGACUGGCAAAGACAUGCCAUCUACCGUCAUUACACUAGGACAAGCAAACAAAUCAUGUGGUUUUGGCAGUUUGUUAAAGAAAUUGAUAAUGAAAAGAGAAUGAGACUUCUGCAGUUUGUUACUGGAACCUGCCGAUUGCCAGUUGGAGGAUUUGCUGACCUCAUGGGGAGCAAUGGACCACAAAAAUUCUGCAUUGAAAAAGUUGGAAAAGAAAAUUGGUUACCCAGAAGUCAUACAUGUUUUAACCGCCUGGACCUGCCACCGUACAAGAGCUAUGAGCAACUGAAAGAAAAGCUGUUAUUUGCCAUUGAAGAAACAGAAGGAUUUGGACAAGAGUAACUUCCAAGAACUUGUGCCACCAAAGGACAAGAACUUAUUUGCAAUGUCUGUCCUUUUCCUUCUCUGCUUAUUGCACAUCUUGUUGUAAAAUUGGGCUGUGACUGUUUAGAGAGUUGAGUGUAAGUAAAUUAAUGUUAUCAUUGAGAUUUAUCUCCCAGUGAUUCUGGAUUUCUUCUCAGUGUUUCCAGAAAUCAGAUCUGCAAAUGACUAAUCAAACCUUGCUUAACAUGAGAUUUAACACAGCAAUGAAAUCUGCCUUGUCUUACUCCACUAGAUUGUUACCUUAACAACAGUUUUGUAUAUGUGUGUCAAAAGUCUCACUUGGGAGUAGAUUUUUUUCUUUUAGAGAUUUCUGCAGAUACGCAGGGAAGUCCCUUGGUACAUGAAAUAUGUAAGAUCUUAAGCCUCGUGGUGAGAGGUAUUUGUUAAAAGUGCAAACUUAGCCCAGCUUCUGGGGAUGUGAGCAAACUUCUGGCUUGUGCUCUCCCUCUCAUUUCAGCCUGGCCUGACUGUUGUUUUUCCUUCCAGAGCAUGAAUCCAUGCAUCAUUUUGCUGUUAUCCUUGGAAAGUGAUGCAAGACUCUUGCAUCGCUCUACAAAGCAGUUUUGUUACUUUGAAUUUAGGGAGAAGUUGGUCCCAGCCUGCAAAUGGCCCUAUAACUCUCUUCAUUUGGAAGUUUUAUUGUUUUAAUUGCAAAUACUAAACUUUACAAACAAUAUUAACACUGUACUUCCUCCAUGGUGGUUUUAUAAAAGUUAAUCUAGAAUUGGAAUUAAUUUAGCUAAAUUCAUCAAAGGCCAUCGUUGACAAUUUUUGUAUGUUCCUAUAUGUAAAUUGCAUCUAUCAUAAUCCAACAACUUCAGUUAUAUUUAAUUAUUGCUAAGGAAUUCAAGUUAUAACUAGAGUACUUUACACCCAAAGAAAGAGGUCAAUGAAACAUCCUCUAAAUUACAUUUUCAUUAGGGAGGGAGAGCUGUGGUACUGGCUAAAAAGAAGGGAGUAAUACAUUUACUAGCAAUACAUUUCUAGUAACCACAGAAAUGUAUUCUCUGUAUGAAUUAAAAGUCUUCAAAUUA